AUAGAGAAUAGAGUGCCAUUUGUGAUGCAUCUCAAUAGUCUCCUUCUUAUUGGUGGUUUGAGCCUUGAAACAUCCUGCCACCUGCUGUGGGCCACAAACAGAGAACAGAGAAGGACCAGGCUUAGACACAUCAGACCAACUACUCAACUACUACUCAGUCAGAAAGGUGAUCAUAAGUAAGUUAAUACUGUCAGCAAAAGUAAAUUAGAAUCAUAGAUAUUACAAUAAGAGGUCAGAAAGACAGACUGCAGUUAGUUAAGAUGGUCGACUAUGUCAAUAAACAGGUUAUUGAAUUAAACAAGGUUAUUGAAGGAAACGAGAACAGAGCAACAAGGAGAGUAAAGACUGAGACCCAUCUCUCAGCGUGUGUGUGUCCUUCUGCAGAUGGAAGAACAAGACUCUACAGGCUGGCUGCUGUGUGUUUUGGGAUGAUGUGUAUUCUACAAGUCAUUCUCAACAUCUCCCUAAAGCUAGCUUUCUGUACCGGAAGAGUGGUGGAACAGAGGGACAUGGGGGUCCCAACAAGGACUCUGUUAGGGUGUAUUGAAGGAUGGAGGCUGUCGGGAUCCAGCUGUUACUUCCUGUCUACUGAGAGGAAAACCUGGGAGGAGAGCAGACAAGACUGUCUGGAGAGAGGAGCAGACCUGGUGGUUGUAAACAGCAGAAAUGAACAGAAAUUCCUCACUGGAUUAAACAGGAAUAUUGAUAGUGUUUGGAUCGGUCUGACUGAUAGAGAGACAGAGGGGACCUGGAAAUGGGUGGAUGGUACACCACUGGCCACAAGGUACUGGGGGCGUAACCAGCCUGAUAAUGGUGCUGUUUUUGUAGUACACAUAGGAGAGGAGGACUGUGUUGAGAUUAAUUCUGGGUAUUCUGACCCAGUAAAUAAAUGGAAUGACAUAGCAUGUAACUCUCAAUUUAACUGGAUUUGUGAAAGGGUGAUAUAACAAACAAUAGCUUAUUAUGUACAGUAGCUUUGCAUGUAGGUCUCUCUCUCUUUCGCUCACUCUCUAUAUGGUUAGGGUUAGGCAUAAGAUUAGCAGUGUGGUUAGGGUUAGGUUUACAAUCAGAUUUGAAGAAGAUACAUUUUAGAAAUAGGCAGGGUUUCUGACUUUGCAAUUAGGCCAGAUAGUGACAAACGAGAAAUAGUGGUAUUACAGACUUGCCUAUGGGCUCUUUCUCAACUCACCUUUCCUCGAUUCCUCCUCACAUCCUCUCUCCUCCUCUCCUCAAAACACAUUGGAGAAUACAAUCCAAGGGGAGGGACCUUGGGCCUCCUCUUAUAGAGUUGAGGGUGAGGAGAAAAGGAGAGGAGAUUAAAUAAAAUGAUAAAAGUAGACGUUGAAUUUAUGUCUGUGCCCAGUGGGACUGUACUCUGUAAAAUGCUUGUAUUAAUUGAUUUUGUUAGGAAUGUGUCAUUCCAUAGGCUUAGGCACAGAAAGUAAAGUAAUAAAGGAGCAAUGUACUAGCA